CGCUUGGCGAAAAGCAAAAUACUCCAAGUGGAUUCCUUACUCUUUAUUCCACACCAUCGGGAGAAAACGCUUAUUCUCAAUUGCAAGAACGUGUCAUCCAUUUGAUCCGUAAAGUUCCAAAGUAUUUAUAUCCUGACUUGAAUAUAGUCUGGUAUAAAGUUAUAGGACAUUCAAGGAAAAGUUUCGUUUUUGACUGAAGUUUUAGUCCGAUCUCCUUUUCCAGUACUCAAGUUAUAACUUUUUAUUUCUAAACAUAUAUUGUUUAACUAUAUUUAUAUUAUAUAUAAUGUCUUCUUCACAUUUGGAGCAGUGGGCUAAGGAAAAUGUUUUACAAAUUCUUCCACUUGAUGAAGAGAGUGCUCUACUUGUAGUCCAAACAGCAGUGGCUGCAAAAAAUGCCGAGGAAGCAAAAAACCAUUGGAUUUCUCUUCUAGGAGAAUCUCCAGAAAUAAUUGAGUUCGUAAGUGAAUUCAAUCGGAGACGGUUCGCACCAUCCUUAGGGGAAGACACAGGUUUUAAGAAGUUUGAUGUAAAUAGAAAUACGAAAGGUGGAUCAAAUACUUUUUCAUCAAAUUCCACGGCUUAUCCAACUAUUAACCAACAACAAAAAGCAAGCCAAACGCGCCUUUCAUCGUCUGACCGAGAUAGAAGUAAGCCUAGAAAAACUAAAGAUGAUCUAUACAAUAUACCAAAAGCUCCACAGAAGACUACAGUUCAAGGUACUUUGACGUCUGACUUAAUGGGAUCAAAAAAAGCCUCUAAACCGAAACAAUUACCCCAAGUCAGUAAGAUUGACGGUUUAGCAGAUAUCGAACGCGCUAUUCAUGAAGUUGAGAUUUCCCAAAAAUCUUCCAGUUCUAAUAGGAGAUCUUGUGAUUGUCAAGGUCGCAAGCAUCCUCUUAAUGAGGCUGCUCCCAAUUGCCUCAAUUGCGGCAAGAUAAUUUGCAUGUUGGAAGGGAUGGGACCAUGUACGUUCUGUAAGGCUCCGGUAAUAAGUAAGACACAGCAGCUGGAACUCUUACAAGAGUUAAAGAAAGCUGGAAGUGAUUUAAAACAGGCAGCAAAUCAGAAGACUAAAUCGAAACAUAGCUCUUCUAAACAUCAAUUUCAGAAACUGAAUAAUUCCUCUAUACAUUCCAUAUUCAUUGACCCAAAGCAGUUGGAACAAAAAGCUAUUGAAGCUGAACAAAGGAAAAACGUUUUAUUAAAUUUCGACCGGACAGCCGCCCAAAGAACAAAGAUUAUAGACGAGGCUGCUGAUUUUGACCCGACAACGUUGGCCAGCGACACCUGGGCAUCUCCUGCUGAAAAGGCGUUAAACUUGGUUAAAGUGCAGCAUGCUCUGGCACAAAAGGAAAAAAAGAAAAAGAAAGUCCUUUCUAUAAGUUUAAGCGGUAAAAAAGUAGUGGUAGAUCAAAAAGAUGAAUCAUCAGAUGAAGAGGUGCCAAUUGAUGAACAACGGAAACUCUUUGAAACAAAAGAAAUAGACGCUUCUAACAAACAAAAAUCCUCGAAUAUAACUCGUAUACCUAGAAGUCUAGCACGCCCUGUUUUUCGUCCCCAAAGUUUGCCUAAGGAGAGCGAAUUGCCAAAGGAAAUUGCUGAAAAAAUAAACCGCAGCUGGUCUAAAGUACAGGACGCCAUUGAAGAUGAUUAAAAACAAAUAGCAUACUAUGGAAAAAUGUCACACGCCAUAUUUCAUUUAAUGAAGUACCUAAUCAAUAUUAUACACAAAAUUUGCAAGCUUUUCUAAUUCAUGAACC